AUGAACCCACUCUUUGGGCGCGGAACCCUCGCCAAGCAGUCGGCUGGGCGAGUGUACAACGUGGAUAAGGAGAACAUCACGAACGGCUCAUCCUCCGCCGGCGAUACCAUCAUUCGCGACCAUCUGACCCCUCUCAAGAGUCCCUCCGCGACCCGUGGCAGCGUCAUCUACCGAACCGUCGGUGGUCGAGCCACGCUCACGCCGCGCAGACGAGGCUCGAAGAUCAUCACCACCAACCCCCUGCCGCACCUUCUCGAGAGUGUGAACCACCGGGAAAGGGCUUCCACAUUGUCGUCGUCGUCGUCGGAGGACUCCACGCAACCAUCGCCUUUGUCUUUUGCUGCCGGCUCGCGCAUCCAAGGCCCGACUACGCCGCAGAUCAAGCUCACCAAGAAGGAGCAACGCCAGCACAGAAAGAGCCUCAAAGUAAUGAAGAAGGAAUUGGAGCACGGAAUUAGGAGCACUAUAUCGCAGCCGUACAACUUCGUACACCGGUUGCAUGUCGAAGAGGAUCUGACGUGGAAGGAUCUUUCGGGCAAGGAGGCUCUUUCCAAUCUGCAACUGGUCGAGAAGUUGGGGGAAGGGUCUUACGGAGAGGUAUACAAAGCGCGUGCGGUGACCGGAGCAAUUCUUGUGGUCAAGGUCAUCAAUAUAAAGCUCGACAACGAGGAAUCAUUCCGCAAGGAAAUAGACAUCUUGCGUGAAUGCAGCCACACCAACAUUGUGCCGUACUACGGCAGCAUCUACGAACAAGAUUCGGUCUGGAUACUGAUGGAAUACUGUGCGUUGGGCUCUCUGCGGGACCUGAUCGACAUCUCUCGUCCGCUCACUGAAUCCGAGGUGGCGGUGGUGUGCUUCCAUACUCUGAAGGCACUCAUCUAUCUGCACUCGAGAAACAUUAUCCACAGGGAUGUCAAGGCAGCCAACAUUUUGUUGAAUGACCAAGCUCAGGUCAAGAUCGCCGAUUUCGGCGUGAGCGAGCAGUUCUCGGGCCACGGUGCUGAAUCUCGAACGUCAGAUAAGGUGUUGGGCACACCGCUGUGGAUGGCUCCAGGCAAGUAUGACUUCAAAGCGGGAGCUCCUCCGUUCGCGGACAUGAAUCCCAUGCGCGCAAUGAGGUACUUCAAUUUUAAGAUCCCUCUACGCGUAGCCUUUCGAUUUGUGCCCUUCCACGUGGAACCGCAGCGCUAA